GACAGCCUCAACCACGAGACUCUAGCAGAUGCAUACGAUAUCCAUAGAUCCAUCGAUCUUCCCGUGUCCCAGAGGACUACUUAUCGAUUUUGCCACGAGAAAAGAUUUGGAUUAUCAUAAUGACUGCAGCAGCCACCACUGGUCGAGCACCGCGAACGAGAAAAUCCUGCUUGAGCUGUCGAAUCCUUAAGAUAGCAUGCGAUAAGGCCCUGCCCGAGUGCACAGCCUGUAAAACACGCGGGAAGGCAUGCUCGGGAUACAGUGAGAAUCUGUCAUGGCCACGGAAGGGGGACAAGCGUCGUGCGGCAACAGCAAACGUGCAGAGCCGGAACGCCUAUCAAGCCAAUCCAGUUGUGUUCCUUAAUACAUCUACCUGGGAUGUAAGCCUGUAUCGUGAACAUAUUGAUACGGGAGCUCAUAGUGUCUUGGCACCAGCGGCACCAAGUCAUUCCCUGUGGUCACCUAAACUAGGCUUCUAUGGGCCGCGAAUACCAUCGGCUAUACGCCUCGUCACAUCAGGCACGUUCCAAGAUGAUGUUUGCGGCCUCUUGUAUCGAAUGUCACUCGAUGACAACAGCGUGCCAUCAUUAUCUGUUCGCCACUCCAUGAACGCCAUCUCGCUAUUGUCGCUGCAUAGAUCAGAUGAGGCGCUCAAAUACAAGAUUUUGGCAAUUUCAAACCUUAAAGGUGCCCUCACACAGGGUCUGGAUAAUAAAUCUCGGCCUCAGGCUAUUGCUACUAGCCUGCUUCUGACGCUAUAUGAGGUCCUCAGUCAAAGUGGCAAGACCAAUGACUGGUCGGUAUACUUCGACGGCUGCAUGAAAAUUGUCAAUUCGGGCUUCAACAUUCAUCGAAAGUACGCAGGAGACUGUGCUAUCUUGCUAAACUGGGUUCGUUAUCAUAAAGUGCUGUAUAAGUUUAGCAUACAGCAUUGGCAGCAGCGGACUCCACAGAUGGAAGUAAUGGCCAAAUCAGAUAUUCUUGUCUCUGAUUCAGCAUAUGACAUCGAUGUCAUAACUAUGCACAAUAUGCUUGGCUGCUCUCCCGAAGUUCUUGAUUUCUUGAGCGAAGCCAUGGAUCUCGUCAAGAAUCGUGAUGACCCUAAUUAUCUAUCAAUUAAGCGCCUACACGCCAUUCAUGAUCUUGAACAACGACUCAAGGAUAUUGACAACUUGCGCGACUGCUUUGAUGUGGGAGAGGAUAUCACCAUAAACAAAGUUGCCGAAAGCAUGAAUGACAAAUUGUUCCAGUUUGCCUUGGUCAUAUAUGUCGACCGAGUUGUCAAAGGAGCUUUCAUGUCUUCAACAACCGCCCGAACUGCCGCCGCCAAGGCUUUUAUACUGCUGGAAAAGAUCCGGCUCUAUGACCGCCCUUUCCCCCUAUUCAUCUUAUCCAUCCAAGCAGAGACAGACGAGCAGCGGUUGUUAAUUCUAUCAACAAUAAAACGGACAAUGGAAGCACGACCAAUGAACAACUUGGGACCGACAGAGGAAAUGAUCAGGAAAUUUUGGGCGCAGCAGGACUUGGAAGGUCCUGAGCAGGCUGAUGCGCUUUUCAUAUUGAAUGCCGUGAUGAGCGCUAGCAGCAUGCCACCGACCUUCACUUCCCCAUUUGUAGUUAAUGCCAUUACGGGUGCGAACGGUGUGCCGUUUUUGUCUAUCUGAUGAAACUAUGGAAAUAAUGCGAAUCCAUGGAGUUGUUUGCAACAGCGCUGAAUAUUAAGCAUGAAAUUAGCCUUGGCCGAAUGAUCAUGGCUAAAUCAAAUAUUUAUUAUUAGAAGUAUAUCUAGUAUACUAGAUAAUAUAGUAGCGAACUGUGA